GCGGCUAAGCUCUGAAUGAGCUUCCUGCGCCUUUAAAAGACAGAGCAGUCGCUCAGGAUAAGCUGUGGGAGCAGGGUGUAACCAGUUCACAAGAAGGGAGUGUUUCGGGCUACACUAACCUGGACGUGAGACCUGAAGAAAGUGGGAGGGUCUGGUUUGCCCGGCUGGGUGUUAGCCAGGGCUUCUUACGCAGGUGUCACAGGGAGGAAUAUAUAUAGGCAGUGCUUCUCUCUCUGGGCUGCUCAGCAAAAGUUGGCUGCCAGAAGACAGGCCGGCCUGGAAAAAUAUUUCCACCUGCGGGUUACCUGCUUUGCACCUGUAACUCACCUGGGAAGUUCUCCAGGGAGCUGUGGCCGCCAAGUGGCAGGCAGGCGGAUGUGUCGGAGUCAGUUGCGAGGGGGGAACCUGCAGUGGGAGAGAAAGAGAGAAAAAUCAGCACCACUCCACCACAUUGGGGUCUUUGGGGGCUGGCUGCCCUUCCUGCGGAUCUCAAGCUUGCAGGUGUGAGUUGAAGGGGAAAGAUGAGCAUUUCCUCGGAACCGAUUUCCCUCCGGAAACAAAUUGGGAGCAACCUGCAAACGCAGUCUCAAAUCAUAGAGCUCAAUGUUGGCGGGGAGAUAUUCACCACCACCCUAAGCACCUUGAAGAAGUACCCUGGUUCCAAGCUGGCUGAGAUGUUUGCCAGUGGACAGACCAAGCCCCGUACGGACCCCGAGGGAAGAUAUUUCAUAGACCGGCCCGGGACUUACUUCAAGUACAUCUUGGAAUACCUGCGCAGCAACCAGGUGCCCACGAACUGCGUCCAGGAGGUGUACAAGGAAGCCCUCUUUUACAACAUCGAGCCUUUGGUCAAGCAGCUGGAGGACUCCCCCCAGAUCUUUGGGGAGCUGGUGGCCAGGAAACAGUUCCUCGCCCGCGUGCCCAGCUACAACGAGAACAUCGAGCUGAUGAUCCGCAUCGCGAGGGCAGAAGCGGUGGCGGCCCGGCAGUCCAGUGUCAUGGUGUGCGUGAUGAAGACCGACGAGGAUGUCGUCAAGUGCCAUGACACCCUCAAUGGCUUGGACUCCUACAAGAAAUCGGUGGUCAAGUUUGGACCCUGGAAAGCCUCUCCCGGCAUUUCUGACCUACUCGACUGCAUCAAGAUUGACGUGGAGGCCAAAGGGUACAAGAUCUCUCUCCAGGGCUACGUUCCGGAAAAGGGCUUCCGCUUCAAAUCCAAUGACUACUUCUACAAGUUUCUCUUCACUUGGUGGUAGCGGAAAGCCAGCGGGAAGGGCCUCGGCCCAGUAUACCUGAAGGAGCCUCUCCACCCCCAUCGUUCAGCGCAGACACUGAGGUCCAGCUCUGAGG